AUGGCCGUGUCGCUGCGGUACUUGUGGCCUCUCCUUCUGUGCAGCCCCUGCCUGCUCAUCCAGAUCCCCGAGGAAUAUGAAGGAUACCGUGUGAUGGAACCACCUGUCAUCACCGAACAGUCUCCACGGCGCCUGGUUGUCUUCCCCACAGACGACAUCAGCCUCAAGUGCGAGGCCAGCGGCAGACCUGAAGUGCAGUUCCGCUGGACUCGGGACGGCGUCCACUUCAAACCCAAGGAGGAAGCGGGUGUGACCGUGCACCAGGCGCCCCAUUCCGGCUCCUUCACCAUCGCGGGCAACAACAGCAACUUCGCCCAGAGGUUCCAGGGCACCUACCGCUGCUUUGCCAGCAAUAAGCUGGGCACCGCCAUGUCUCACGAGAUCCAGCUCAUGGCUGAGGGUGCCCCCAAGUGGCCGAAGGAGACGGUGAAACCUGUGGAGGUGGAGGAAGGGGAAUCGGUGAUUUUGCCCUGCCACCCGCCGCCCAGCGCAGAGCCGCUCCGGAUCUACUGGAUGAAUAGCAAGAUCUUGCACAUCAAACAGGAUGAGCGGGUGACGAUGGGCCAGAACGGCAAUCUCUACUUUGCCAACGUGCUCACGUCGGACAACCACUCGGACUACAUCUGCCACGCCCACUUCCCUGGCACCCGGACCAUCAUCCAGAAGGAGCCCAUUGACCUCCGGGUCAAGGCCACCAACAGCAUGAUCGACAGGAAGCCACGCCUACUCUUCCCCACCAACUCCAGCAGCCACCUGGUGGCCUUGCAGGGGCAGCCGUUGGUCCUGGAGUGCAUCGCUGAGGGCUUCCCCACACCCACCAUCAAGUGGCUGCGCCCAAGUGGCCCCAUGCCGGCCGACCGAGUCACCUACCAGAACCACAACAAGACCCUGCAGCUGCUGAACGUGGUGGAGGAGGACGACGGCGAGUAUCGGUGCCUGGCCGAGAACUCGCUGGGCAGCGACCGGCACACCUACUACGUCACUGUGGAGGCUGCCCCCUACUGGCUACACAAGCCCCAGAGCCAUUUGUAUGGGCCUGGAGAGACUGCCCGCCUGGAUUGCCAAGUGCAAGGGAGGCCCCAGCCCGAGGUCACCUGGAGAAUCAAUGGCAUUCCCGUGGAGGAGCUGGCCAAGGACCAGAAGUACCGCAUCCAGCGUGGAGCAUUGAUCCUGAGCAACAUGCAGCCCAGCGACACGAUGGUGACCCAGUGUGAGGCCCGAAACCGGCACGGGCUGCUGCUGGCCAAUGCCUACAUCUAUGUCGUUCAGCUUCCGGCCAAGAUCCUGACCCCAGACAACGAGACAUACAUGGCGGUGGAGGGCAGCACCGCCUAUCUCCUGUGCAAGGCCUUUGGAGCCCCUGUGCCCAGCGUCCAGUGGCUAGACAAGGAAGGGAAGACCGUGCUACAGGAUGAACGCUUCUUCCCCUACACCAACGGGACCCUGGGCAUCCGGGACCUCCAGACCAACGACACUGGCCACUACUUCUGCCAGGCUGCCAACGACCAAAACAAUGUGACCAUUGUGGCUAACCUGCAGGUCAAAGAUGCCACUCAGAUCACACAGGGGCCGCAGAGUGCCAUCGAGAAGAAAGGCUCAAAAGUGACAUUCACGUGCCAGGCCUCCUUUGACCCCUCCCUGCAGCACAGCAUCACCUGGCGAGGGGACGGUCGGAACCUGCAGGAGUCUGGGGACGAUGACAAGUACUUCAUAGAGGACGGGCUCCUGGUCAUCCACAGCCUGGACUACAGUGACCAGGGCAACUAUAGCUGCGUGGCUGGCACCGAGCUGGACAUAGUGGAGAGCAGGGCCGAGCUCCUGGUGGUGGGGAGCCCCGGGCCGGUGCCUCAGCUGGAGCUGUCUGACCGCCACCUGCUGAAGCAGAGCCAGGUGCGCCUGUCUUGGAGACCCGCCGAGGACCACAACGCCCCCAUCGAGAAGUAUGACAUUGAAUUUGAGGACAAGGAGAUGGCGCCUGAGAAAUGGUAUAGUCUGGGCAAGGUGCCCGGGAACCAGACCUCCACCACCCUCAAGCUGUCGCCCUAUGUCCACUACACCUUUAGAGUUACUGCCAUCAACAAGUAUGGCUCUGGAGAGCCCAGCCCGGCCUCUGAGACUGUGGUCACGCCUGAGGCAGCCCCAGAGAAGAACCCUGUGGACGUGAAGGGGGAAGGGAAUGAGACCAGCAACAUGGUCAUCACUUGGAAGCCGCUUAGGUGGAUGGACUGGAACGCCCCCCAGGUUCAGUACCGCGUCCAGUGGCGCCCCCAGGGGACGCGGGGUGCCUGGCAGGAGCAGAUCGUGAGCGACCCCUUCCUGGUUGUGUCCAACACGUCCACCUUUGUGCCUUAUGAGAUCAAGGUCCAGGCUGUCAACAGCCAGGGCAAAGGCCCUGAGCCCCAGAUUACCAUUGGCUACUCUGGGGAAGACUACCCCGAGGCAAGCCCCGAGCUGGAAGGCAUCAAGAUCCUUAACUCGAGUGCCGUGCUGGUCAGAUGGUGGCCCGUGGACCCAGCCCAGGUCAAGGGCCACCUUCGGGGAUACAAUGUGACGUACUGGUGGGAGGGCAGUCAGAGGAAGCACAGCAAGAGGCAUGUCCACAAAGGGCACGUGGUGGUGCCCGCCAACACCACCAGCGCCGUCCUGGGAGGCCUGCGGCCCUACAGCUCCUAUCAUCUGGAGGUGCAGGCCUUUAACGGCCGAGGACUGGGGCCUGCCAGCGAGAUGACCUUCAGCACCCCAGAAGGAGUGCCUGGCCACCCUGAGGCAUUGCACGUGGAGUGCCAGUCGGACACCAGCCUGCUGCUGCACUGGCAGCCCCCGCUCAGCCACAACGGCGUGCUCACUGGCUACGUGCUCUCUUACCACCCGUUGGAUGAUGGGGACAAGGAGCAGCUGUCCUUUGACCUUCCGGACCCUGAGCUGCGGAUGCACAACCUGACCAACCUUAGCCCGCACCUGCGGUACCGUUUCCAGCUGCAAGCCACCACGAAAGAGGGCCCUGGAGAGGCCAUCGUGCGGGAAGGAGGCACCAUGGCCUUAUCUGGGACCCCGGAUUUUGGCAACAUCUCGGCCAUGGCUGGCGAGAAUUACAGCGUGGUCUCCUGGGUCCCCAAGGAGGGCCAGUGCAACUUUGGGUUCCAGAUCUGGUUCAAAGCCCUGGGAGACGAGAAGACGGGCCCUCAUCUGCCACCGCAGUACGUCAGCUACAACCAGAGCUCCUACACGCAGUGGGACCUGCAGCCCGACACAGACUAUGAGAUCCACCUGCUCAAGGAGAGGGUGCUCCUAAAGAUGGCCGUGAAGACCAAUGGCACCGGCCGCGUGAGACUCCCUCCCGCUGGCUUCGCCACCGAGGGCUGGUUCAUCGGCUUCAUCAGCGCCAUCAUCCUCUUGGUCCUCGUCUUGCUCAUCCUCUGCUUCAUCAAGCGCAGCAAGGGUGGCAAAUACUCAGUGAAGGAUAAGGAGGACACCCAGGUGGACUCUGAGGCCCGGCCGAUGAAGGACGAGACCUUCGGCGAGUACAGGUCCCUGGAGAGUGACAAUGAGGAGAAGGCCUUUGGCAGCAGCCAGCCAUCCCUCAAUGGAGACAUCAAGCCCCUGGGCAGUGAUGACAGCUUGGCCGACUACGGGGGCAGCGUGGACGUCCAGUUCAAUGAGGACGGCUCCUUCAUCGGCCAGUACAGCGGCAAGAAGGAGAAGGAAGCCGCGGGAGGCAAUGACAGCUCGGGGGCCGCCUCCCCCAUCAACCCUGCCGGGACCCUAGAGUAG